CCAAAGAUGUGGACUUUGACGUGCCAACAGUUUAUUGCCCUAAUUCUCCUCGGCACUUUGGUGCCCAGUGAGUCUUUUUUGUGCAAGCAUUGCUUCAGGAAAAAUCUUGAAAAAGUUCACGAAUCGUUUAGGGACAUUCUUAGUCCUCCGAUAUUUGGAGUAAACCCACAGCCAUUGAUUGAAGUGCAGCAACCGAAAGUGACCCCAAAGCCCGAGUCUUCACAAGUGAUUCACGUACAUCAACCACAAGUGAUACUUAAGCCUAUCUACUAUCCAAAAGUCGAUACUAUUUCUACGAAAAAUCAGAUAGGAAUACAUGGGCCGUACAGUCAGUAUCCAUCCCUCCUGCCGUCAGCCAAUUUACUUGGAAUUCCAAAUCAACAACUAAUUAAUGCACAAGACGUGCUCUCAGACAAAGAUCAGAAACAGACGCAAGUUCAGAACAAUAACUUACAUAUUCGAUUCGGUGUGUCAGCACUAAGAGAAGGAAGAAAUAAUCCUAGUUUGGAAACGAUUUCUCGGGAUAAAGUAGAUAAAAUAUCACCUGCAUUGCAGUUGCAACUGUUGAGAUAUGCAGAUUCUCAGUCGCAAUCCCAGACGCAGUCACAAUCUGCCUCACAAUCUGAAUCAAAUGCAUCUUCACAAUUCCAGGCACAGGAGCAAAGCAAUCGACUGUUGGAAAACCCACCUGUUUCAGAAUCUCAGUCACAAUCAGAGUCACAGUCACAGUCCGAGUCACAGAAGCAGUCACAGUCGCAGUCACAGCGACAGCAACAGAUACAGACGCAAUUGCAAAUACUGCGACAGUUGCAACAAAAGUCAAAUGAGCAAUCUGCCGCACAAUCUGCUUCUCAGAUUCAAUCGCAGAGGCAAUCGGAUUCUCAAUCCAACUUACAAUUACAAGAACAAUCACAAUCGCAGUCAGAGCAAGGUAAGCCAAUCCAGUCACAAAUUCAAAUUCUUCAAGGGCUGCAGCAAAAAGAGUUAGAUGACAAAUCUGCAUCACAGUCGCAGUCCGAAUCCAAGACACGGCAAGAGCAACAAAAACAGUUGAAUUUGCAACAACUUGAGGAGCUAUCGUCUUCACUAUCACAGUCACGGCUAGGGCUGGGACAGCAAAUCCAGUCACAGCUACAAAAGAAUCAGUUGGAUAAGCAAUUUGCUUCACAGUUUCAGUCACAAUCCAAGUCACAGCUGGAGCAACAAAUGCAAUUGCAAUUACAAAGCCUUCGGCAACUGCAGCAGAAGCAAUUAGAUGAGCAAUCUGCUUCACAGUCGCAGCCACAGUCACAGGUAGCGCAACAGAUCCAGUCACAUUUGCAACUUCUUCGAUUACUGCAAUCCAGAUUGAAGACGCAGUCGGCAUUGAAAUCAGAUUUAGAACAACAAAUCCUUUUGCAACUAAAGAAACUUACAGAAGUGCAACAGAAACAGUUGGCUGAGCAACCCACCUUACGACCCAGUUCAAAAUCACAGUCGCCUGGGCAGCUAGAGCAGCAAAUUCUGUUACAGCUGCAAAAUCUUCUACAGUUUCAGCAGAAUCAGCUAAAAUCAGAUACACAAACCCAAAGCCAGUUGCAAGAGUCAAAAUCUAACUCACUGUCACAGUCACAGUCACAAUCGCAGGAGCAGUUACAGUUGCAGCGGGAUCAGAAUCUUCGGCAAUUGGAACAAAUAAAGUUGGAAAUGCAAAAUAUUCGAGAGCUGCUGCAGAAGGGCAAGUCUGAGCUACAAACCCAAUCGGACUCUCAGCGACGUAUACAUGAGCUAUACCAAAAUAUUCUGCAGCUAAAUAAGGAGAAGUUGAGCUACCAAUUGAAACAGUUAAAACUAAAAGAAUUGGAAGACCAAAAGAAGUCGCAGGCAGAAAUAUCAAAGGGAAGUAACCCAUCCAAUCUAUUUAUUAUCGGACAAUUGCCUUCCGAAGGAAAGCCAGCUCCUGGAAAUCAAGGUCCUUCAAUUGAGCCUAAGCUGGUCCCCCAACCCGGUUCACUGGACAAAUUGCCAUCAGGCGGAGGGCUAAUUGGCAAGCCAGCUUCAACAGGACUGUAUAUUUUAUCGCCGGAUUUCAAUGAUUUGUCGGAUUACCGAGAUCAGUUUCGUCUACAGCAAGAAUUAAAAAAGCAUCAAAAUAUAUUGAGCCUUUUGCAGCGUAGACAAAAUGAUAUUAAAAAACAACAAAACGCACAGCUGUUGCUAGGACAACAACAGAAGGAACAACAAGCUCAGGAAUCAAUCAAUAAACAACAGUCCUCAUCUGCUGGCUCUAGUUCUCAGACCAAGUUACAGCAAGAUAUACAAAGUACUGGAGCUCAAGGCUCACAGCAGGGUCUUCAAGCUGGAUCCACUGGCCUGCAGACUAGUUCCCUACAAGGCACAGAAAGUUCUGCAUCUCAAAGCGCCGCUCUUCAGCGAUUGAAGGAGCAGGAACAACUGCGAAUUCAGACGGAAAAUGAUCAGAAAACCUCUUCUUCAAGCUCGCACAGUAACUCACAAAACUCGCAGAGUUCGUCAUCACAGUCAUCGCAGGCAUCACAGUCUGAAGCACAACGACAGGAGGCUGGCAAUCGAAAUACCUUGCUACUAGAUCAAUCGAGCUCCAAGACUCAGUCGGAGUCGAAGUCCGAGUCGUCGUCUCAAUCAUCGUCACAUUCAUCGUCGCAGUCAACGUCGAACUCAUCUUCAAACGUUCAAUCGAAACUACAAGGAGAAAGCCAAGCGCUGCUAAACAAUUUGUCAGGUUAAGUAGUUAACCUUAUACUUCUCACAGUACUGACAUGGGCGAAGAGCAGCCUUAUUCAGAUGUUAAUCAAAAAGAGGAAAUAAAAUAAUUGUUCUUUCAUUUAAAAACACGAAACUUCUUUAUGCGCUUUUUGUUUUAAUAGAUAUAUGCAGGAACUUUUUUUUCAUAUAUGUAUUUAUG